AUGGACUUUCCGUCACCUCCGCCAGUUCCUUUCCCGUCACCCCCACCCCCACCAAUUCAACCUGCGACCUUCAUAAUUGAUGUGUCACUGUAUAAACUGAUAUUGUUCUUUCUCUUGUUCCUUUUUGUAUCAAUAUUUGCCGCGGUGGCUUGUGAUCACCGAAACCGACAACAGCAGCUCCUACAGGCUCGGCGCCGCCGCCCACAACCGACAGGAGCUCCUAGUGCUGCCGCUACGAUCAUCUGCACGUUUAAACUCGAGCAGAACCCAAUGAACACCGGGGGCGGCGACGGCGGAAGCGACUGUGCUAUUUGCUUGGAGAAUUUCAAGUACGGAGACGAGUGUCGGAUAUUCGUGGCUUGCAACCAUGGAUUUCAUAGGGCCUGCAUUGAUAAGUGGCUCGAUCGUGAUCAUCACUGUCCGCUUUGUCGCGCUUCUGUUAGAGGUGGCCGUACCAUAAAUCUCGAUCAGGUUUAG